AUGGACCUCGACCUCAUCAUCAAGAACGCGACCAUCGUAACAGCGACGGAAGUUCUCCCACCAGGCCUGAGUAUCGGCAUACACGGCGGCAAAAUCGUCGCCAUCGCCAUCUCUCUCCCGUGCACGCCAUCGACGCGCGUCAUCGACGCCGAGGGCGCAUACGUGACUCCUGGAGGUGUGGACUCGCACGUCCACCUGCACCAAGACAAUGCCCCCACCGGGGACAAAUGGCUGAGUGGCAGCCGGUCUGCACUCUGUGGAGGGAAUACAACGAUCCUGGCGUUCGCGACACAGAAGCGUACCGACGAGAGUCUCUUCCCUGUUGUGCGUGACUAUCACGCCAGAGCUGCAGGCCAGAGUUUCGUGGACUAUGGCUUCCAUUUGAUCGUGUCGAGGCCCGGGCCUGAGAUACUGGGCGGCCACGUGAUGACAGCGAAGAUCGACAGGGAGGCGGAUGGGAACGAUCCAAAGGACGAAAAAGAAGGCGAGUUGAAAAUCAUGGUUGAGCGAGAAGGAAUCACGAGCGUUAAGCUCUACAUGACCUAUCCGGCAUAUCGACUGGGCGAUCGCGAGAUGUUGGACGUUAUGAUGAGGUGUCGUGAGGUGGGCAUGACGGUCAUGGUGCACGCUGAGAAUGCUGAUAUGAUUGAUAUGAUCACGAGCCGCCUCCUCUCAUCCUCACACACCCAGCCGAAGUACCACGCCGUGGCGCGGCCCCAGAUCGCAGAAACAGAAGCCACCUACCGCGCCAUCUCGCUCUCUACACUCACCGCAACGCCCAUCCUGAUCGUCCACAUGUCCAGUCCUGCUGCGCUGUCGCAUGCCCGGAAAGCCCAGUCCAAGCAAAUGCUGCCCAUCCACGCGGAGACCUGUCCGCACUACAUGUUCCUGAAGAGCGAACGGCUAGGGGCGACGAGUCACCCGUUUGAAGGCGAAGACCACUCCCACGCCCAUCUAGACGGCAAUGUCGACGGCAAGCCAGGAGAAGAAGUGGACGAAUGGGCCGGUGCACGCCACAUUUGUGCCCCACCCCUCCGUCACGACGACAAAGACCUCCAAUCCGUCUGGGACGCGGUCACCAACGGCACCAUCACGGUGAUUUCGUCAGACCACGCGCCCAGCCAGUACCAUAACCCCCUAGGCAAGAAGAAACCCGUCCACGAGUACGAGUCAGGAAAGACGACUAUCCCGCCCAGCUUCGCGAACACGCCCAACGGCCUGCCCGGGAUCGAGACGCGGUUGCCGCUCCUGUUCUCCGCGGCGACGGAAGCCUCCGUGACCGCGAGCGCCGCCCGAACACUCACGCUGCCCAAGUUCGUCGCCCUGACGAGCACGAACCCCGCGCGCAUGUAUGGCCUCGCGGGCCGCAAGGGGUCCAUCGCCCCCGGGUAUGACGCCGACUUGGUCGUGUGGUAUCCCCACUCUCCCCGUGCAGGUGGCGCGUCGCGAGAUAACCCGACCAUCACCAUCACCAACGACAUGCUCCAUCACAGUAUCGAUUACACGCCGUUCGAGGGGUUCCAGGUCACGAAUUGGCCCAGGUAUGUUCUGUUGAGGGGCCAGGUCAAGUGGGAUAGAGAUCUAGAACUAGCGGAAGGUCCGGGGAAAGGUAUACUCGGCCGACCUGGGGAUGGGCUGUUUUUGAAGAGAGCGAAGGGCGAGGUCCUCGUCGGGAGGACGGGUGGGGAGCCUGAGAAGAUGAGAUUGGGAGAGACGAAGAGUUGGAUGUGA